CGCGGCGAACGCACGUACUGCGCGUUCGAUAUUCGAAUUUUUAAUUUUUUUUUUAUCGUGUGUGUUGUGGCCAGUGCUUUGUUAUAACAAUUAUUGUAUGUGCAAUGGAGUCCAAAUUAGAGUCACAGACAAAGAAAAAGACGCCAAAACCGUUUUCAAUAGAAUCAUUAAUAGGUGACAGAAAAUCACCAGAAAUAGAUAUAGAGAAUAAUAUAUCGGAAUGUUCUAGAAAUUCAGAAGACGAAGAAGUCGAAAGAUCAGAGGGAUUAGAUAGGAUGAGAUAUUAUUUGAACGCGCCAUUUUUGCAACAGAAUGUGAAUUUUCCGUUUCUUCUCGGUUAUCCCCAACCAUGGCUGUCGAGAAUGUUCAGUUCCGUUCCCCCGCAAGUCCAAGAAAAUAGAGAGGAGAAGAGAGAGAGUCCAGUUAGUGUUGGAAGUGAAAUUGAUAGUGACGGCGCUGAAGACAAUAUACAAGGUAACGAAUCAGAGCCUGACCAAGAAGACGCAGACACGCCUAGAGAGAAUAAGGCAAGAAGACGUCGAACUGCUUUCACAUCGGAACAACUCCUCGAGCUAGAGAGGGAGUUCCAUGCGAAGAAAUACCUAAGCCUCACAGAGAGAUCUCAGAUUGCAUCGGCAUUGAGGUUGAGUGAAGUUCAGGUUAAAAUAUGGUUUCAAAAUCGUCGAGCGAAAUGGAAACGCGUGAAAGCCGGCUUAGCGUCCGGCAGUCACGCCGGCGGUAAAAACAGUUCCGGCACGAAAAUUGUAGUACCUAUACCCGUCCACGUCAACCGAUUCGCGGUUCGAACGCAACACCACCAAAUGGAGAAACAGAAUCUGCAAUACAAAUUAGACAGAAACCAACCUUUACCGGGCAGCUUACUGCAUUCACAAACAUCCGCGUUCCUAUCAGCAACAAAAAUUAACGAUAAUCGGCACGAAUCGGUGAAUUUGAAUAUUAACCGCAGCACUAUUUAUGACGCUUCCAGGUUGAUGACUCCGGCUGUCAAUUUGAGACAUUUCACGAAUCAAAAUGGCCGACUCAGUUAAUUUUUUAAAUGUAUUAUAUAUUUUUUUAGUGAUAAGCAAUUGCCUAAAGUAAUUAUUGUAUGAUAAAAUUAUUAUUAAAGAUUGUG